AUGAAGGUGGUGUCCUUGGACUUGGAGCAUGUGUUGCUGGAGACCUUGCGCGGCCACACUGCACUAACUCUGGGCGACUGGCUGCCAAUCCGGCACCAGGGCCAGACCUACGAACUGAUGGUUCGAGAUUUGGAGCCGGAAACAGAGAUGGCGCUAAUCGACACUGACCUGACAGUGGAGGUUCUGCCCAGCGAGCAGACGGAGGCCGAGCUCCGCGCAGAGGAAGAACGGGUUGCCAGAGAAGAGGCGGCCAAGCGGGAAGCCGAGCAUCGGGAGCAGAUGCGGCUGGAGCGCUGUCGCCAAAAGGCGCAGCAGCUACCUCCGGAGCCGGAUGCUGGCGCUGGCGCCGUUCAGCUGCUGAUUCGGCUGCCAGCAGGCGGCCGCCUCAGCCGCCGCUUCCUGCGGCAGGCGCAAUUGCAGGAGGUGCUGACUUGGGUGGAGUCAGAGCCAGAGGCCUUGGCAGAGCCUGGGGAGUUCCGCGUGGUGCAAAAGUGGCCGGGCCACUGCCGUGAGCUGGGCCCGGAAGAGGCCAACCAAAGCUUGGACUUUCUGAAGUUUGCACGACAGGAGGCUCUCUUCCUUCAGCGCUUUGCUGCAGAAGCUGAAGUGGCAGUGGAGCCGGAGGCAGAGGAGCUGGAAAUGGGCGGCUCCUCACCCUCCAGACCACCUCGAGGCAAGCCAGACAAGGGUGUCUGGGCGGAGGCCGAGGAGAGAAAGCACACGCUGUGCUGGAUCGACGGCUAG